UAAUAUAAUGUAACAGGCUGCUGGAUCAAGUGCUAUUGAAUAUUGAGGGUGGAGCCAAGUUUUAAAUCAUUUUAAAUACAUCAUAUUACUAGUUUUUUGUAUUAUAUUUGACAGAAACGACAGGAAAGAAUGCUUUUUCAUUCGUUGGUCUGUAUUUUCUAUCCCUGAUUUUUUUUUCCCUCCUUCAUUUAAAUAUACACAGAUCAGCCAUAACAUUAUGACCACCUGCCUAAUAUUGUGUUGGUCCUCCUUGUGCUGCCAAAACAGCCCUGACCCGUCUAGGCAUGGACUCCACUAGAUCCCUGAAAGUGUGUUGUGGUAACUGGCAACAAUAUUACAGGAUAGUUUUGAUAGAUACUGACCACUGCAGACCAGGAACACCACCACAAGUUUUGGAGAUGCUCUGAUCCAGCGGUCUAUCCAUCACAAUUUAUCCCUUGGUCAAACUCAAAGCUCAAAUCCUUACACUUGUCCAUUUUUCCUGCUUCUAACACAUCAACUUUGAGGACAAAAUGUUCACUUGCUGCCUAAUAUAUCCCACCCACUAACAGGUGCCAUGAUGAGGAGAUCAUCAGUCUUAUUCACUUCACCAGUUAUGUUAGUGGUCAUAAUGUUAUGGCUGAUCUGUGUAUUAUAUAGUGCUUGUGUUUAAACUGAGCAAGCUUGAAGGGAUUGGCUACACCCAAAGUCAUCAAGAAACCUAGAUUAUUGACCAUCCUGCUGCGUAAACCUGACUCGCGUUAUAUAAAUCUAAUGAUUCACAUACAAAUAGCUCAUGAAAACAAUCAGUUUAACCCAAAUCACAAAAUAUUUACUGGUUGCUAUGGAAACCUCAGUGCUGUUUGUUUCCCCCCCAUGUUUUCUCCUGGUUGUUGUUUUUUUUAGAAGAGGAACGACCCAAACACAAGUACGUCCACAACUCAUUCGAGCUAUACACACACACACACACACACACACACAUCAUUUAACGUUUCAAUUAUGUUGUGUUGCUUUUUUUAUGCUGUGUGUGAUUACACGUGCAGACUCGUACACUCUCAACACACUGCUCCGAAAAUCCCAGAAGGAGAGCGAGUGGACUUCGAUGACAUCCACAGGAAGCGGAUGGAGAAGGACCUGCUAGAGCUGCAGACGCUGAUCGAAGUCCACUUCGUCCAGAGGAAGAGAGAAGAGGAGGAGCUGAUCGCAUUGAAAGAGAGAAUUGAGAACCGCAGGGCUGCGCGGGCCGAGCAGCAGAGGGUUCGAGCGGAGAAAGACAGGGUCAGGCAGAUGAAGAUUGCGGAAGAGCGACAGAGGAAGGAGGAAGAGGAGGCAAAAAGGCGGGCUGACGAGGAGGCAAAGAAGAAGAAGGUCCUGUCCAACAUGGGGGCUCAUUUCGGAGGAUUUCUAGCUAAGGUCUCAUAUCUAAACUCAGUGAGGUUUCUGUACCUCUCUCUUUACUUAUCACUUUAUUUCUGCACUAAUCCCGGCUCUGUCUGUUUCACGAGGCAGGCGGAGCAGCGGAGACGAGGGAAAAGACAAACAGGGAGAGAGAUCAAGAGGAAGACUCUUGCUGAGAGACGCAAACCUCUCGCUAUUGACGACCUGAGAGAAGACGGCCUAAGAGAGCGGGCUAGAGAGAUGUGGGAGUGGAUCUACCAGCUCGAGUCUGAGAAGUUUGACCUCAUUGAGAAGAUGAAGAGACAGAAAUACGAAAUGGUGGUACUUCUCAAUCGCAUCUCCCACGCUCAGAAAUUUAAGAAGGGGACGGGAGGCAAGGGCAAAGUGGGAGGGCGCUGGAAGUGAAGACCCGCCGCCGAACACCAU